AUCAGUUCACGCAUCAGAAAAACACACGGACAUCAUAACACAGAAGACAUAUGAUGGAAAAGAUCGUCAUAGUGGUUGUUUCCGUACUCGCUUCAAGUUCGGCAGGAUGGUUUGAUACAUACCCACAACCAGAAUGGAGAGACCUUUCCGUUACCUUUGGGAGCUUCAGUCGAUUACCAAGGAAGGCAGAGGACGCUAUAAGUAGCGGUUGGAUACUGGACAAGCCAUGUAGUGGAAAUAACCCUUAUUUUGGGAACCGGUAUAUCCUAGAUGGUGAUGUUUCUACCAUGCUUCUCUUUGAUAAACAAGGCUACAUCGCAGGGAUCCAGACAAAGAUUCCAAAGACAGAUGAAUACCCUGACGCCAAAAUCAGAAAGUUUUUCAUCGAAGAAGAUGGCGCUAUGGUUAUAACUGCUUAUUUCGUCCAAGACCCUUCAACCAUAUGUACCACAGGACGCACAGCGCAGCAGUUUCAGGAGGAGGGGACAGGGACCGCACUUCACAUCCAAAGCGGCUCAAACCCUCGCACUGACUUGAUGACCAUCCCCAUGCUCCAGUCCGACAUGGCGGGGACACAGUGGACAGAAGGACAAUGCUUUUGGGGCAUGGGUAAACACUACUGGUAUAAUGUACGCAGAGAUAUGGACUGUAAAGAAUUUUAUCCUGUCUUCGCCAUGUACAACAACGGAAAACUGAAUUCGUUUGGUUGGGCCUUUUACGUGCACUUCUCAUCCUCCCGAUACGAACACCCGUCCAAUACCAAUUUAGAGUUCUUCAUGAAGCCGGUUCCAACUUGUUUGACCUCGGGGGCAUUUAACGGGUUUUCCACAAUUCACAUAUACCUGGACCGUCGUCCAUACUUUAAUUUCUGCUAAUAACCAGGUGGUGGAAAAAUCAAACGUCAAUUCUGUUUUGGAAGAUGUUGAUUCUGUUCUUGCCAUUAUUGAAAAUGGACAGAAUUGUGACAGUGCGUUGAAAUGUGUUAGAUGUGCCGCAAUAGUUCAGACACAUUGCACGUACCUGAUGAAACGAUUAUGCAAAUGUAUUUAAUAGUCUGCCUUAAAAGACAUAUGUAAUGUGGUAUAUAUAUAUAUAAAUUACAUUUUCGAUUUAAGAAUAAUGUGUUAAAUUGUACGCCUAAUGUUAUAGAAAGAUUUUUUUGAUAAUGAACAUAAUUCUGUCGUAUUCGAACAUUUCAGCGUCUUGCUUUGUCGUAACGUAAACAACAACAACAAAAAAAACUGUGAUUUCCACGUUAAUUUGAAUAAAAUCAACCAAGGAUGUUUGCUAACAGUUACCUUGGAACAUUUGC